UCGUGGCCAACACCUUUGUGAUUGUCGUGCUCUCCCUUCUAUUUUGGGCGCUGCUAGUCUACUUCCCCGCUCUGCUGUACCAGAAGGCCAGCCGUCUUUUGUGGUUGUUGACGGGUGAGAACGGUGAGGAAAUGGGAGCUGCCUUGGGUAUCAUCGAUUCACACGUCAACUCGAUGUCUAUGCCUUCGAGCUAAAAGCACUUCGAUUGCGAAUGAGCUAUCAGUUUUGGUUUCGAAGAUCGCAUGACCAUGAUCCUUAUAUUUUUUAUUGCUCUUUUUGCGUGAUAUGCGUCUGCACUUUGCUAUUUUGGUUUGUGGAUAUCAGGAAUCAACAACGAAGGUAAGGGAUCUCUUGACUUUCGUCGCUUGCGCGUCGAAGCUGACAGUUGCGACAGGUUCCCGAGUGCCACCUUCAUCUCAUAUUUGCAAGUUCGAACCGGCGUUUUGGGAACUAUAUGAUAUACAACCGGUAGCGGCGUCUCUGCGCCGACCGAGCUUAAUGAUUGGAACGGAAGACAUCGGAAUUAAUGAGCACGCGUGUCGAGCGUGCAAGACGACAAGCCAGAAGGGGAUGCGACGGAGAGGUUUAGCCCUCAGAUCCGAGGGGGUUGAUCCCUCAAGAUGCGUGUCGACCGUCCACUCUGUGUACAAUAUUGGUGUUUUGUAUGGCUUUUUUUUUGGAGGGGUCGAAAGGUCAAGAGAGAAAUCUCAUGCACAUGGUUUCGCACCCACUAUACGGUGAUGUAAAGGCGACCACCAUGUGGACUAGACCAAGUGGGUAUCGUUAGAUGUCAAGUAAUGCUUAAUGUGAAGUAUGAAUGAACCCCUGUGCGAGUUGAGGGAGGCAUGGUGUGUGCGUGAUUCCUGCUGUUUGCUCGGACUCAACGCACAAACCUCUUGUCUGCUUUGC